GUACACCUGCCUCAGUCAGCACCAUGGACAGCCACCCUGCCAGCUCUCCACAGACCCGCUGACGGCGCCGUCACCCGCCUCUCACACCGAUAAAAACACAGUGGUCCCUGAGGGGCAGGGCAUGUUCAUUUUGUAAUGACGAGCGGCUAAUACAGCAUAAUCUACGAUCAUGUUACUGCGGCACUGACAGCUAAACCGUAGAGGGCAGGAUGCGGGCUUUCCUGUAGACACACCCCCGCUUUUUUCGUAUUUCCAGCCACCGGAAAGAUCCCCAUUUUGGGGGGGGGGGGUUCGCCGAUCAACAUGACUCGCCCCGGGCUUCUCCUCGGGUGGAGCGCCUCUAAAUGAGAUGUAGUGUAAUGUAAUGCAGAUGUAACGUUCGCCCGACAAGUAGCUCGUCUUGGUCGAGGGACGCUGAAGAGCAAGGUAGUGAAAUCUCUUCCUCUUCCUACUCCACGCCCUAUCAUUAUUAUCAAUCGCUGCUCAGCACCAUGUCCCCCCCAGCAUCGGCUGCGACAGCGAGUGAAAGCAGUACCACCACCGUUUUCGAGGAGGACACCAGAGAGGAGCAAAGACCCCUGAAGCAAUCUCUGAGCAAGUCCCUAUGUCGGGAGAGUUUCUGGAAAUGCCUGCUCCUGUCCAUUCUCAUGUAUGGCUGCAUGGGAGCCAUGGUUUGGUGUCAUGUCACCAAGGUGACCCGCCUCACCUUUGACAGUGCCUUCAAAGGGAAAUCCAUGAUGUACCAUGACAGCCCCUGCUCUGAUGGCUAUAUCUACAUUCCUCUGGCUCUACUGGGCAUGCUCUAUUUAGUCUAUCUUGUGGAGUGCUGGCACUGUCAUGUGAAGAAUGAGCUGCAACACAAAGUGGAUGUGGAGGGCAUCUAUGAGCGAAUCCAGAGGAUGCAACAAGCUAAACCCUGCAUCUGGUGGAAGGCCAUAAGCUACCACUAUGUUCGCAGAACGCGGCAAGUCACGCGCUACCGCAAUGGAGACGCUUACACCAGUACCCAGGUUUAUCAUGAACGUGUCAACACGCACGUGGCAGAGGCUGAAUUUGACUAUAGUCACUGUGGUGUUAAAGAUGUUUCUAAACAGCUGCUGGGCUUGGAGAAGUCUGCUCUUACAAAGAUGCGUUUCACCAAGUGCUUUAGUUUUGCCAACGUAGAAUCAGAGAAUUCUUACCUUACACAAAGAGCGAGGUUUUUCACUGACAAUGAGGGCCUUGAUGACUACUUGGAAGCCAGGGAGGGCAUGCACCUGAAAAACAUUGACCUGAAGGAGUAUGUCCUGGUGCUGUCUGACCCAGAGCAUCACCCCUGGUAUCUGUCCCACUAUGUCUUCUGGAUUGCCUCAUUCCUCACUUUCUCCUGGCCUCUCAGAGUCUUCACAGAGUAUCGUACCGCGUAUGUCCACUAUCGUGUAGAGAAGCUUUUUGGGCACGAUUACCUCCCCGUGACGCCAUGCGAGGAUCGGCCAUAUUGGCGUCGUAUCCCUCGUGUUAACACCAUUGACAGUACUGAACUGGAAUGGCACAUUCGAUCCAACCAGCAGCUGGUACCCAGUUACUCAGAGGCUGGCCUUAUGGACCUGGCCCAGUGCCCGUCCAACUUUAGUGGGACUCGUCAGAAUUGCGAGCGCUGCCACAGAGCCAUCAGCUGCUCCUCUGUGUUCUCCAGGAGCGCCCUCAGCAUCUGCACUGGCGCCAGCUCCCGCAUCCCCUUCAGUGGCAGUCGGUUCUCCUUGGCCCGGCGAUACGGCUCCCAACGCAGCUGCUUCUGGAGGAGCGGCAGUUUGGAUGACCAAGAGAGCCCCAGUGAAAACACCCGCUGCCUGUCGGAGCGUCUCACCACAGAUGAUGAGGAACCCCCAGACUAUGAGGAUGCACUUUGCUACCCAGUGCUCAUUGUCCACUGCAGCGAGAACUGCCACAACCACAGGUCGUUCCACAGACAUGGCUCCUGCGUGGAGACUUCUUUAUGACUAUGCAGUCACUGACAUAAGACGGUGGCAUUUCUGUAGCAUACAAAUACUUUGGACAUCAGACACAGAGUGUGCAAACGAGUCUUAAUGUGAGAUACACAGAUUAUUGCUGUAUUGCCAUACUAUCUGUAACAAAUGCCUGAAUCCUGAAUGUGUGAAUCACCAAAGCAAUAACAGCGAUUAGUGAGAGGAGAACAAAGUGAAAAUAGUAUAUGAACCUACUAGGAUACACACACAUGGAAAUAAUAUAUCUGCCUGGCUUCCUAUGAACACCGAGCAAAGACUGUUAAGUGUACAUCAUUGCCAUAGCUUUUAAGAUCUCAUAUGUGCAGUACAUAUGAAACUGCAGUUACCUCAUAAGACCUUUUUUCAGAGGCCACGGAACAGAUGGACAGGUUUAAAUAUCUCAUCCAUUAAGUGAAAAUCUCAGUAACACAAACACGUAAGAAAUGACGGAGAAAAUCAAAUCACGUUGAACCUGAUUUUUAUGAUUUUACCAUGAAAAGAAUGGUGUUUAACCUACUUCUAAUAACAGCAAUAACUGUGAAGAUAAAUGCCAUCCUCUCAAGUGAAAAAGUAAAAGGAGGAGUGUCAGUCAAAUACAGUUUGUUGCGCUUAUGCACAUCAAAGAGACAUUACUCAUUGGAAGCUUCCGACCCACAGGAGACAAAUGAACUCUUGGACACGCUCACUCACUGUUUCACCAAUCUAUGAUUUUUCAAAAAACGUUUUCAUUACUUAUGUUGUGGCGAAGUGCUGUAGUUAACUUUCUGGUGUUUUUUAAAUCAACAUGCCUCAUCUAUUUCUACAUUUCCCAGAAUGCCUUUCGACAACUGCAGAUAACAGGUAUAUGUUUAUUUUCAGCUGUGGGUUUUAUGUGUUGAUGAAAGUGACGUAAAGAUAGUAAAAAGAGAGCUGCUCUAAUUGAGAGGAAUUAAGACUUGUGCCCCAUACUCUGAACAAACCUCUCUCAAGGCUGCAUUGCAUUCUGGUCUAUUGAGGCUACUGGGGGAUGGGGGAUUUGGUAUGACUGAUGUGCUUCUUCUACUAUAGAUUUCUCCCUGUUUGAUUGUCACCUGUUGGUGCUAUAUGGCAGCUCUGGAAAGAAACAUCCUGGUCUUUUGGAUGUUGAUGGACUCGCACCUAAACAUGAUGUUUACAGUUGAUGCUUUUGAAACAUUUUCAACCACAAACCUCUGCUGUAGAUGUUGGGAUUAUCUCAGUGUGAUGACAUAUUGUCACAGUUUGGGAAUCUGCAAGGAAAUAAGACACAACCAAGCAGUAUCAGAAAAGCUGUGUGUAAUGUUAAGGCAAUUUAAGGUGGAUUUCUGCUUUAAACAUUUGAUUAAUUUGUCUUGACUGACUCGGAAACCGGAAAAAUGUUGAAGCGCUAAAACUGUCUGGUCAUAUGAGCCUUUAUCUUGACAAACUAAGACACAGUAUGAAAAUCCAUCAUCCAUGAUCAGUUAAGAAAGUACAUUAAUGGCUCUAACAUUCUGUCUUAAAUUUGUCUUUUUUGCUGCCUACUGCCACGACAAAACCUGCCGGCAACUGUGGUACAAACAUGAACACAUCAUUACAUUAAUUUCACAAUUAGACAAGACAAGCACAGGUCUAUGCUGAAUCUACAGUACACUUGAACAGGUAGAUAUAAGUCACUAGCAUUAUCGUCUGUCAAACAAAACAUGGUGUGGCUUUAGCUGCAUAAAGUUCAUAAGGUCAUUAAAUCCAUGCUCAUAUCUGCAUGAUUUCCCUCUGCUAAGACAACGUGUUAAAAACCAUAAAACAUACCUGAAUGUAAACCACCAGCAUAUGAUAUACUGUAAUAUAUGUCCAUUAUGUGUCUGUAGUAAAGUAAUAAUGCUCCUAAUUUUAAUAAUGAUGUAAAACAAUGAUUUCACUGUCCAGUGUAUAUUGACUGUGUGCACAGAGGCAAAAGAGCACAGCAUACUCCAACAUGUCAUCAUAUUUCCUGAAGAGACUUGUGUGUUGAUAGAGUUGUCUGAAGGACCCCCGACUCUUUGUGAAUAGAGUUUGCAGACAGUAUAUGCAAGGAUGUUAAUGCACUUAUGUUUACACAUGGAUAUCAUACAAACUUUAUAAUACUGACUUUUUGUAAUCGAACAGGAACAUGUUGUAUGCAUCCUAGCAAAUAAUAUAUUGUUCUUAUAUUGUUUUCAAUAAUGUAGUGACACCAGUAUUAUGCAUUUGAAGUGACACAAUAGACAUUAUGAAUUGUAGUGAAGCUGAAUGUUGAUGUAAAUUCCCUUCAAGUAAUAAAGUAUUCAAGCUGAUAUAUUGACAAGUACAUAACUGCUCAGACAUAAAAGAACUUAAAGCUUACUGUAAAAUGUUAAAAAUGUUAUUGUUGUCAUUAUAAUCAAAUGGGCUGUAUAAAUAACUUGUUUAACUUUUAAAAUAUGUAUUCAAAUUUAUCUUAUGCUGGAUAAAUAAAAGUUGCAAUAAAUGUC